CAACCCUGCACAAGGUCAGCAGCGUAUGCUGAAGCUACUGCGGAGCGGUGCGCUUGUGUGUGAGAGAGAGAGAGAGGAAUCAACUUGUGAACUUCCCGGUCACCUGUCGGCUGUUUGAAUCAACGGGACCGUCUGUGGUGUGAGACAUGGCGAGAGGAAGCCGCAGCCGCCCCUCAGCUCCAGCAAGCCCAGCUCCACCCCAUGCUCCAGCCCCUUCUCAUCCACCUCCGGCCUCCUUGGCCCCAGCUCCAGCUCAGUCCCAGGGACCAGGCCUCAUGGCCCAGAUGGCUACUACAGCCGCAGGGGUGGCGGUCGGCUCGGCCGUGGGCCACGUUGUCGGCAGCGCCCUCACGGGAGCUUUCACUAGUGGCAGCAGCAGUCCAGAGCCAGCCAAGCCCACCUACCAGGAGCCCCCCCGGCCUGCUCCUGCCCAGACAGGCCCCUGUCACUUUGAGGUCAAACAAUUCCUGGACUGUGCCACCAACCAGACUGACUUGAGUUUAUGUGAGGGCUUCAACGAGGCACUCAAACAGUGCAAGUACUCCCAUGGUGUGACAUCACUGGUGUGAAGUACGCGAGUCAGCUGUGACGGUCAACGGAUAUUAGUCAUGAAACAGACUGUAGAUGUGUUGUAGACACUACAUUAAAAACUGACCGCCGUUCCUCAGACAGAGUGUGUUGGUUCUGUUUAACUGAUGGCUGCUGUUUGAGAUGUGUUUGUAAUGGACAGUGACAUACAUUUAAUAAAUGGCUGUUAUCUAUUUGCACAUUC